AUGGUAGAGGAGAUGAAAAAGUAUAAGAUCAAGGUGUUGGGUAUAUGCGAAACGAGAAGAAGGGGUGUAGGAGAGAGAGUUCUUGAGGAGGGAUAUGUAAUGAGAUACUCAGGAGUAGCUGAUGGAAGGAGAGCUUGCGGUGGAGUGGCUAUUGUAAUAGAUGAAGAAACCAACACCAGAGUUAGAAGUUGGAAAGCCAUUAGCCCUAGAAUAAUAAGAGUAGAUCUAGACCUGGAAGAGAAAAUUAGCAUAAUCCAAGUAUAUGGACCAACAGAAGAUGCAAAUGUGGCCGAGAAAGAUGAAUUCUGGAUGCAGCUAGAGAGAGAAACCAUUGAAGCUGAAGAAUCAAGGAAACUUGUAGUGAUUGGUGAUUUCAAUGGAAGAAUCGGAAUGGAUGAGCAGGUGGGGAAUGGGUGUAUGGGAAAGUAUGGAUGUGAGGUGAUUAAGAAUAACAAUGGACAAAGAUUGAUUGAAUAUGCAUCUCAACACAAUUUCCUCAUAGGGAACACUUGGUUCAUUCAUAAGAGAAUCCACAAGAUUACAUUCGUUGGAGAAGGCAGAGAGGCAGAAAGCAUGAUUGAUUACAUUCUCUAUCAAGGAGAGCUUAGAUAUGCUUUUAGGGAUGUGAAGGUCAUAAGGGGAGCAGAACUGGACACUGACCACAAACUUCUGGUUGCGGACACAGGUUUUAGAGAAAGAAAGGUUUGCAGACAGAAAGCAUACAGGAGAAUAAAGCAUGAAGAGUUGAGACUUGCUGAAAAUAGAGAAAAUAUAAAGUAG